CACUUUCGCUUCCCUGCAAUUGCUUGCUGUGGAACGCACCUAGAAUGAAUGGAUACAAGACCCUGCCUCCAAAUCUUUUCCGGGAACAUCCAAGAAUAUUAUGAGGCAGACAAUUUCCACAGAGGAGCUAUUGCACUUUCAUGGCUCAGAAUUUGUUGUCUUCAAAGCAACAGCUUUUCCUAAGACUUUCUUCCCUCUCAUAGCUCAUAGUUCAUGCCAAAGAACGCCAAACGGUCUGAAUGCAUGCAGUACAGCAACCAACGCAGCCAACUGAAGAAACCGCGAGCAUAUGCAUGCUUGUCUGAAAAUCAUUCAUCAUGUUGACGCCGUCUAUAGUUAGACCCGCAGGCUAUUUUUACGCUCUGGGAAACACCCCGGCCGUCAAUCUCGCUCGUAAUGUGCCGCCAGGCACUGACGCUGACAUCCUCCUGCUCGGCUGCGGUGAUGUGCGCAACAUUCUCUACACGGCCUAUGCCAACCAAGACAGUCUGCCUAGCAAAUUCGAUAUCACGUGCUGCGAUGUCGACGACUACAUUCUCACCCGCAAUAUAAUAUUUCUUUCUUUCCUUGUCGACGAACUAAAGCCUAAGGACCACGGCAAGCUAAGGGAUGUUUACUAUCAUCUUUAUCUCAGUGGCUCAUCCUUGGAGUUUUUGCGGGCACAAAUCCAAAAUCUUGCCGCAGAAGCCAAGUCGUGGAACUCGUGGCAGGAGAGCCGGUAUGGCUCUGUCAUCAAAUUCUGCGAUAGAGCUACUUUUGAGGCUUUUUGUUCCGUGAUCAAGCUCAUGUCUCAGUUGUUGGUACAAAGCGAACCUCCUGCUGCAUACAAAAACAGCCUCGAUGAGUCCAAGGCCGAGAAGGAAGCGCGCCAUGGAGUCAACGGCAAAGUCCACACUAGUGUGCGUUCUGCCGCCCCGCUGGCUAUACAGCCCGGCGCGGAUACUCUUGAGGAUCUCAAGAUUUCGUUUGCGCACUUCUGGGAGCACGGAACCACCACCAAGCAAGACCCUGACAGUGGACCUACCGAACAUGCCAAUCCGAUGUUUUCUGGUCCUCUUGGUCAUGGUGACAGAGUCUUACAUUAUGCUACCGAUCCUCUUCUAGGAUUUCAUCUUGCCACGGCUUAUGCACAUCUUGCGGAGGGGUCGCCACUAUCAGGCUCGAGCAAGAGUGUGCAGGGUAUAUCAAGGGCUGCCGACGCAGCAUUUGUCCAAUUUCGAGCAUGGGUUCGCGCGCUAGUCAGCCUGAUCAGACGGGAAUCCCUGGUCAUUCGCCUUGUCAAUGCAGACGCCUUGGCUUUAUGUCACACUUUCCAACGCUGCAAUGCUUCAUCACGUAGUGAGCUCACAGCAAAUAUCUUCCGCUCUCAGCUCUGCACAAACAAGCUUGAGUUGGACCGGGACUGGUAUGGCCCAAAGGUAGCCGAAGCCUCGGCAGCACCGAUUUUGUUUGACGCUAUCGAUUCAUCCAAUCUGUCCGACCACCUCGGUGUGCUCAACAUUGUCAUGUCAUCCGGUCCGCUUCUCAAGAGCCGCCCAUGGUCCGCACUUUCGACCGAGUCUCUUGCGAGCGUUACUGCCGAAGGCAAGAGCUACUUUGAGGAGCUUCUAUGUGGCGAAACUCUGGCUGUGGGUGCAGCCCUUGGUCUCACCGUCUCGGAGUACUGGACCAACACGACAGUCACAAGCGACGUGCAGGAAGCACUCGGCACCGCCCUCAGCGCAGAGAAGAAUGUCAAGAUGUUCCCCUACCGUAUGACGUGGGUCCUCGACUCACAAUUUGCUUGCCGCGGUGACUUGCCUCCGUUACCAGUCAAGAUGGACGUUCAAGGGGCAGUGGCAAUCAUUUGGCACGCAUAUCUCAGCAUGUUUCAGCAGGAGAAUGCACAAGAGCUCCUCAGAGGCUCAAUCGAGCAGCGCAAAAGGAAACUACAGAGCGCAGCUAUGCCAUGCUACCAUCGUGGUACGUUUGUGGCUUUCGUCAAGGCUCUCGCAGCUCGGGUUCAGACAGACUGGGCAAAGGUAUGCAAAGAAAUCCUAGAGCGGGUCUACAAGGACACUUCAAUUAUGAUGGGCAACAACUACUCUCAAGAACUCGCCGCGCAGAUGCAUAUUCAAGGCCUGCAUACGGAGCCAUGGCUCAGAAGCGAGAUCAGGCCCUCGAAGUUUCAGAACGGCCCCAGCUUCGCCGGGUGGAAGAACAUCCCAGAAGUGAUUGCGGUAUCUCUCGUUAUUCCAGUCGAGAAACUGAAGAAAUUGUUUGUCGGUCUGCCGAUGCAACGUUCUGCACUUCCUCUCCAAGCAACCAUCAAAUCUAGUCAAGGUCAAUGGACCAACUACUUUGGCGACUUGCAGCUUGGCUUCGGCAAAGUCGAAAUCCAUGGAGCACCAGACGGUGAUGAUUUUGCCAUUGCAAUCAGCGCCCCAGAGGGUGAGGGGGGAUGGAAUGGAAAUUUGCCAGUUGUAGCUUCGUUCUACUGUCCCACUGCCGCCCUGCAAGUCGAGCCUCAGACAGCUCAGAUCAGUCUUGAUGUUCAGCCCACCUUGCAAGCAAUUCAGACAUUUGCAGGAAAACCUGGAAGCCCUAUGCAAAUAUUUCAGACAGUCACCAGGAAUGCAUCUGCAGUCUUCUUUACACGGUACCUACCGAAUCAGGACGCCCACCCAAUCUAUUCAGGUAGCCUGGCUACCGGAUCACCAAACGCAGAAUGCGACACGUCUGUCUCCUUAAGACUUGAUGUUAAUGGUAAUACAGGCAAGGCGGCUUCCUUGACUGGGCGUGUUAAUAUCACUGAUGACGAUGGCAUGAGACUUCUCUCGGAGAAAGUGCCCAUUUAUCUUCGCCAGACAACACCGUUCAUCAUUGAGGUAGUUUUUGGUGAUGAUGACAAGGUAUACCAUUUACAGUUUACCCUGCCGGUCGACAAGGAGGGAUCCAAGACUCGAAUAGCACGGAAGUCAUCAUACGUCGAAGUUGUCGCACCUGUUUCCAACCCAAUCGCAUCAUCGCAACUACAAGAUUUCAUCACCCCCAUGACCCUGACUUCCGAUUUAUCAGUGCCAACCAUUGUGUCAGGGGCACUGCCCUACGUCAACCUCGACACUCUACCAGUUCUAGACAUUUCGGACAAGGGCGCACUGCGAUGGCUUCUCACGCUGGCCUCGCACACAUUCAGCAGCCGGGAGCGCCGCAUCCGGGAACGCAUCAUGUCCGACACCAAAACCGUGCCGGCGGUAGAGGCGCUCCGCACAAACUUCAAGGAAUCCCUCUUCACCAUGUUCAUGUUGUCAUCUGGUCUUCAGGGUGAUCAGACGGGUCUUUUUGCAAUCGAGCGCGCGGGCAGCGACGGGCCCGGCAGCGGCUCGGUGCAGAUGCUCGUGGCCGUGUCUGCCCUCCGCCUGGAUGCAGCUUCGGCCGGCGUCGUGGCGGAUGCGGCCGUAUUGCCCUUGACUCGCACCAUAGUGGCCGGGGACGUGGACCUGCGCGCCUUCCUCGCCAUGCUUCCCAGCUUCCAGGUCUGCUAUGUGUCGGCCGACGAUGCCGAGCUCGCACUCUGGCGUAAGGUGCUGCCGGCGCUGGCGGAACGCUGUCGGACGUGGUCUCACGGCGAGGACUGCGAGUACAAGGCCCCCGAUGCGACGAUACCCCUGCCUGGAGAGCACGGGCAGCACGGGGGUGGUAGCGCGGUGGUCUGUUCCUGCGGCAGGGGGAAGCUUCCCGAGGCGUUUGUCGCGCUCCCUGAGUGGGAUUCGACGGCCGCCCAGUACGCGACGCGGAUCGCUAUCAGUCCGCUGUUUGCCGUGCCGUUUGUUGAAGAGGUCGUCGACAAGGCCGUGGUUGAGGCGCUCAAGAGAAAAGCCGAGGACCUCGACAUGGCGGACAUAGUGGAUAAGUGCCCAACGUGCGGCAGGCCCGAAGGUCCGCAGCAGAAGCUAAACCGGUGCAAGGCGUGCUUGGAGGUCAAGUACUGCUCUGUUGAUUGCCAGCGGGCCGACUGGAAGACAAGGCACAAGCGCGAGUGCCAGACUGCGCAGUCUUGAGGGUGUGGGGUGUAGAUGUGGGCAUGAUCUAAUGAAUACGACAGUUUUGUGUCACCACCUGCUCUCCUCUUUUUUUUUUUUUUUUUUUUUUUGCAUGAAAGCAGCAAUAGCGUCCUGUGCAUCUACAAAAUAAAGUGGUGUGAGCUUUGUGCGGAGGGAAGCAAAUCGGUAUACUCCUAUUCGAUGGCCGAGUCUUCUCAGGAUGCAAAGUCCUUUUCGAUGCCAGGCUGGAAGGAAGCUUUCCGAUGCGCCAAGUCAACGCCUACCCAGAAACCGAAGAGGCAAGCUUAUCUGACAAGUCUUGAUACGUGGGGAGUCUGACUAGUCUGAGUCUAGAAACGAGAGUCGUCUAGCCCACUUCUGGGAAGCUCGGGCGAAUAAGUGUUUAUCCAUCCUCUUCAGAUUAAGACUAAGACUGAGACUAUUUCCACACCGAGGGCGUCAACUUUCAGUAAGGCUGCGGGUGGCAACCCAUCACACUUGGUUACCAAUGGCAAGUCAUGAUGCCAUGGCGCCCUUCGAGGUACUGUACCUACAGACUGUCAAAGUUGGCCAGUGACACCCUCCCAGGCUUGAUUUGUGUAACAUGCCGGCAAGACUAAACCACCUUGCAACCAAUGACCACAAUCCCCGCGUAUCAGACCCACAUAGGUCACCUGUCGGGUUCGGGCGGACCUUUCCCCCUGACGCAGGAAGGGAAUCCCAAUCGUUCGGCAUUGUCGAUGCUACCCCGAACUGACGGCCUCUGCCGCCGAGCUUCUGACCGGUCAGGGCCCGGGUUCUGCGGCGCUCGCCGUUUUAACAUUGUCUAUGAGCCGCGCGUCUACUCGUUGCAUCAACCGGAAGCGGGGGCCUCAUUGUUACCUUUGGAAGUUGGUAAGACGGCCUUCGAUUUCCCCGGCUCGGUAUUCGGCCAGUGAGCAGUGAGAACAGGCACGAACUGUUGUAUGUGAACUUGGCAGGAGAAAAAUGUCUGGGAUCACCCAGCCGGGAAGAAUGUCAAGGAUACCGAGUGGUCCUUUUUUCCCUUGUUUGAGAGCAAAAACUCCACGCCGAAGAAGAAAAAAAAAAAGAAAAAAAAAAAAGAGGGGAGGGGAUGGAAUGUACAGUAUUAGUAGUUGCAACAUUGGGCUCAAGCGACCGAUCAUGGCAAAUCAAAACGGCGGUAGAACCACCGAGGGCCGAACGGGCCGUACGCCCUAGUGCGGUGGAUAAGGAUCCAAUCUGGUCCUCAUUCUGGGAGCGCAGAGGCCCGCUUGCAGUAGGCCGGGCUGAGACGAACGCCCCAGGCUAUCCCUGGCUGUCUUUGUCACAAUGGUAAAUGAUACUAAUAUCUAUUUCCUUUCUUUAUUCCCCGGGUUAUUCCCCAGCUACCAGGUUUAUGCGACAAGGGAGGGACAGAGAUAUGGCUUACUACUUGUAGGCUGUGCAAGGGUGGGUAAAUAUCCCGAGGUCAAGAGGAAAUAGAGAUUAAUUUUCUCAAAGGGCAAAUUCCGUAACAGACAUUGGCUCCUGCUAGGGAAGGCUGGCUUGGUGGGCCCUAGACAUCUUUUAGAAGAACAAAAAAACCUAUGACUCAGAGUUUGAUGGGUCUACUACGUAGAAUGACUUAUAUUUCACCAGGCAUUGCUAUAAUAAGACGACCAGAUAUAUCAGACAUGGGAUCAAAGUUGGAGGGGG